AUGGGCACCUCUGCUUCUUCUCAAUGCAAAAACGAAGAUGGAAACUUUAGCUGGAAAUUCACAGUGAACUUGGUUCAUUUUGAUGGUAAGCUCCAACAGUGGAAGCAGCCACUGAAAGCAGAGCAUGUUCUGUCUCAGAACCCAAACUGCUUCAUCUGCAGCUCAGAUUCUAUGUACAUAGGCUCACUAUUGCCCCAUGUGGCUCCGAGUGAAGAGCUUCAAGUGGGGCAAAUAUAUUUUCUCAUGCCACUUUCUAAAUCUCACAUCCCACUCUCACUUCAAGAGUUAGGUGCAUUAGCCAUCGAGGCCCAUGCAGCACUUACCCGCUCGAUCAUUCAAUCUUCUGUUUCACUCUGA